AUCCAAAGUGAACUGAAGACAAACAAUCGUGUCGUGGCCAGCCGGUAAGCACAAGAUUGACGAUUCUUAACUCUCAAUUAGCAAUUCCAUUGAUCUAUUUUCUUCCAAAAACAAAAAGGAAAAAAACAGUUUAGAUUACAUUCUGACGAAGAAAACAAGCAUUGGAAUGUUCUCUUCCACGAAGUGAACUCUGAAACCAUCAAAAGAAUUUCAAACCUCUGAAGCUCAGCCAUCGUCAUGUUUGCUAAGCGUCUCUUGCAGAAGGCCCUGCACCAUUCUCAUCAUAACUUGCAAAACGGGAAUUUGAAGUCAAGUGACUUUGAUCCCGCAAUUGUUAUUCAUUACGGAAUUCCCUCCACGGCUUCGGUUCUGGCUUUUGACCCUGUUCAGCGACUUCUUGGUAUCGGAACACUGGAUGGAAGACUUAAGGUAAUUGGGGGUGACAAUAUUGAAGGAGUUCUUAUUUCUCCUAAGCAAGUUCCUUAUAAACACUUGGAGUUUCUACAAAACUUGGGCUUUUUAGUCAGCGUAUCCAAUGAUAAUGAUAUCCAGGUUUGGAGUCUUGAGAGCAGAAGCCUGGUUUGUUCUUUACAAUGGGAGUCCAAUAUUACUGCUUUCUCUGUUAUCAGCGGCUCACAUUUUAUAUAUGUUGGUGAUGAGCAUGGUAUAGUCUCUGUGAUAAAGUUCAAAGCUGAGGAUGGAGAACUGUCAAGGUCACCAUAUCAUGUGUCUGCAAAAUCUCUUAGGGAAACUACUGGGUCAUCAUAUCCCAAUGACCAGCCUAUUGUUGGUGUUCUUUCCCAACCUUCUUCUUAUGGGAACAGAUUGUUAAUUGCAUUUGAGGAUGGGCUGCUUAUUCUUUGGGAUAUUUCAGAAGCUCGAAUCCUGUUUCUUGGUGGUGGCAAGGAUCUCCAACUGAAGGAUGAAGUUGGUAUUUCUUCUGAUGAUAUGGACACCAAACUUCCAGCUGAUACUGCAGAACAACAAAUGGGAGAUAAAGAGAUAAGUGCUCUCUGCUGGGCAUCUUGCAGUGGGUCCAUUCUUGCAGUGGGAUACAUAGAUGGUGAUAUCCUUUUCUGGAGCUUGUCAUCUGCAGCCUCUCCAAAAGGCCAACAAACUUUAUCGUCAAAAAAUGUUGUCAAGUUACAACUGUCUUCUGCAGAAAGACGACUCCCAGUCAUUGUCUUAAAAUGGUCUAACAGCCAUAAACCCUAUAGUGAUGGUACUGGACAGCUUUUUGUCUAUGGUGGCGAUGAAAUUGGAUCUGAAGAAGUUUUGACUGUUUUAACUCUUGAAUGGUCAUCUGGGUUGGAAACCAUAAAAUGUGUUGGCCGUGCAGAUCUUACACUUAAUGGCUCCUUUGCAGACAUGAUUUUACUGCCAAAUCCUGGAGGAAUGGGGCUUAACAGUAAAGAUGAUCUUUUUAUCCUUACGAACCCUGGGCAAAUGCAUUUUUAUGAUAAUGUUAGUCUCUCCGCUUUAAUAUCUCAGCAGAAGAUGGUACCAUCUGUAUCUGCUCUGGAAUUUCCGGUUGUAAUACCUACAGUUGAUCCAUCUAUGACUGUUGCAAAGCUAAUAAGGAUGCCCACUGAGUUAAAUUCUUCAAAACUUCUGUCAGAGGCAGCUGCAAUUAUGAAAACUGGCUCAACACCUGAUUCAGCUACUCGUUCUAAAUGGCCCAUAACUGGGGGUGUUCCCAGCCAGUUGUCUAGGGUUAAAAAUACUGGGGUUGAGAGAGUUUAUUUAGCAGGCUACUCUGAUGGAUCAGUAUGGAUGUGUGAUGCCACGCUCCCAAUGUUAUCAUAUAUAUGUUACAUAGAGGGAGAGGUGCAGGGCAUAAAAGUGGCUGGCUCAAGUGCACCAGUGACAAAAUUGGACUUCUGCUCUGUUUCCUUACACUUGGCUGUUGGCAAUGAAUGCGGUCUUGUUCGAGUUUACUACCUCAAAGCCCUUUCUGAUGGGACAAAGUUCCAUUUUGUCACAGAAACAAAAUGUGAAGCCCAUGACUUACCCCAAGGGAAAGGCCCUCAACUUAGGGCUGCUUUUAGUCUUCUCAGUUCGCCUGUACAGGCAUUAUCAUUCGCAAACUCUGGAACCAAGCUAGCUGUUGGAUUUUUCAGUGGUCAUGUUGCUGUCUGUGAUAUGACUUCGUUGGCAGUUUUGUUCUUAGUUGAUGGUGUUCCUUCCUCUAUCUCUCCAAUUAUUUCAAUAGCUUGGAAAGAUCAAUCAGCCAUUCAUACUGCCAGGAAUAGUCCAGAGCAACCGAAUAAGUCUACAGACAAUUCUCUUGAAGCAAUCAUAUAUGUCACAUCCCAGGAUGGAAAGGUUAAUAUAAUUGACAGUGGUACUGGUAAAAUGAUCUGCAAUCGACCAUUACACUUAAAGGAAUCAACAGCAAUUUCAAUGUAUGUUAUAGAUGAUAGUCUUUCAAGCCCUGAAGUGCCAAAUGACAAGCAGCUCGAGCAGUCCUUGAAGGAUGCUGCUAAUAUCAAUGAGCCAGUGCCAGACAGCAAUUCAACCAGGGUAAAUCCAACUGAGGUUGAACUUUCUUCGACAGAAACCACAUACUCAGAUUUUUUGAUGGAUCCAUUAGUUCUCCUCUGCUGUGAGAAUUCAUUGCGUAUAUUCUCUGGAAAAUUGUUGAUACAGGGAAAUAAGAAACCCGUUCAUAAAGUGAAACUUUCUAAGCCUUGUUGUUGGACUACAACUUUAAAGAAAGAUGACAAGAUUUGCGGGCUGCUAUUGUUGCUUCAGACUGGAACAUUUGAAAUAAGGUCAUAUCCAAACUUGGAAUUGGUACAGGAAAGCUCCUUGUUGUCCAUUUUAAGAUGGAAUUAUAAAGUGAAUAUGGACAAAACCAUGUGUUCUGAUGAUAAUGGAAAUAUUGCACUGGCAAACGGUUCUGAGUUGACCUUCAUCUCAUUAUUAGAUGACAAAAAUGAAUUCAGGAGUCUAGAUAAUCUGCCUUGUCUCCAUGAUAAAGUUCUUGCAUCUGCAGCAGAUGCUGCCUUCAAAUUCUCUUCAAAUCAGAAGAGAAAGCAGGGCAUCGCACCAGGGAUUCUAGGUGGUAUUGUCAAAGGAUUUAAAGGAGUAAAAAACACCCAAACAAAUUCUACUGCAUUUUCAACUCACAAUUUUGCGCAUUUGGAGAGCUUAUUUUUGAAGCCCCCAUCUUCCGAUUCACUGAGUUCUGUCCCAGAUAAUGAAGUGGAGCUUAAUAUAGAUGAUAUUGAGAUAGAUGAACCCCCGACUGAGGGUUCCACUUCAUCAAUUGAUGUUAGUAGACAGAAAGAUAAGUUAACAGAUAGGGAUAAGUUAUUGCAAGGAGGAACUAAUGAUGAUAUAAAGCCAAGAAUGAGAACGCCGGAGGAAAUUAGAGCUACUUAUAGAAAAACUGAGGAUGCUGCUUCCGCUGCUUCCCAAGCAAGAAACAAGCUUAUGGAGAGGCAGGAAAAAUUGGAGAGAAUCAGUGAACGAACUGCAGAAUUGCAAAGUGGAGCUGAGAACUUUGCAUCAUUGGCAAAUGAGCUUGUGAAGACAAUGGAAAGGCGAAAAUGGUGGCAAAUUUGAACUUUGAUCGUCUCCCCAAAGCAUUGCAUAUAUAUGUAGUUAUUGUUCUGUACAUUAUUGUGCGAUUGAGGCUGUAAGCCAUUCUUUAUAUCAUGAUAUUUCACUUUUUGAUUAGCAAUAGCAAAAGAUAAAAGAGUAGUGCGUAAUUUCUUGAUGCGAUGUGGCAAAUGAACAGGUGAUUAUUGUUUUUGGAGAUUUGAAAUGUUAAAAGGAAAAGUGUUAUUGCAAGACACUCAUUUGUAGAAA